AUGCCGUCUCGCAACUCCACCGUGCCUAAUCUCGACCUCAAGUCUCUCAAGGUCGACUUUAGCAACGGCAAAUUGUCCACCCCUCUCUCCCCAGGGGCGCAGAGCUCUGAUAGCCUCAGCCCCUUGACGCCGCGCUCGCCAAAAUCCCCCUCCAGCUCUCCGUUCCUCAAGGGCGCUACCAUUCGUCCCGUCACCCAGGAUUCUAGCAGCAAGGGCAACAGCCCGGUCCUUGCACCCAAGUCCCCUGGUCUUUCGGCCACCGAACUCGGCCCCGAACCCUCCACACCCGGAUUCACUGCCAUUCCUCAAUACUUCCCCUCUCCUAAAGACUCCGGCAAGGCCUCACACGCCCGCGACGCAUCAAGAUCCUUUUUCGGCAAUCUAAAAGCACCCAAGCCGUCGCAUCGAGCACAGCGAUCAGAUAGCUCGGAGAACUCCACAGAACCCCCCAAGAGCCGAGGUAGCUCUAGAGACAGGAAGACGGCACCGAAGUUCUACGAGUCUACUCCUGACUUGCCUGGCGCCCUCGCCAAGGCAAGCGAAAGCGAGAAGAACGGAAACGGUGUUAGCGACAAAACCACCCAACCAAUUGGCCCUAAGAAGACCAAUACCGAGGUGGAUUCUGCGCCAUUCAAGAAGAGCAAGCCCCGAUUCGCAAACCUUUUGACCAGAUCACGAUCUAUUCGAGUUGAUGAAUCGUCCGGAAAUCGAGCCGCCGGUCGACGACCGUCUACUGGCUUGGCCAAGUUGGAGGAGUUCAAAUCGACAGAGGUAUCAAGCGCACCGCGCUCAGCUACCGCUCGUCCUGAGCGCCCCGUCGAAGGAGGAUUGCAUCCGCCCCCACGAUAUACGGAUUCUGCUUCUCUCAGAAAGGAAAAGAGCCAUGGUGGGUCCAUGGUGAAUUCUGCCUCAUUGAGCCAGGUUUCUGGCGCAUCGGCUGCAAUCUUCAACAAUCUCAAGCAGUCGUCAAGCGGGGCGGCUGAUCGCAUUGGCAAGGCAGGCAAGGGCUUCUUCGGCAAGAUCACUAGGAGUGGUAGCACGAAUGAGCGGGAGCUGAUCAACGAUGAUAACUAUGUGUGCUCGGUGAUCAACCUUCCCCUCAUUGAGCAGGCGAGGAAGACCCGUAUUGCGAAAAAGUUGGAUGGAUGCCGGGACAAGACCGAGUUUUGGAUGCCAGCGCUUCCCUACCGCUGCAUCGACUAUCUCAAUUACAAGGGCUGCGAGGAAGAGGGUCUCUACCGAGUACCAGGUAGUGGACGCGAGGUGAAGCAUUGGCAGAGGCGGUUUGAUUCUCAAUUAGACGUCAGCCUCUUUGAUGUACCGGAUCUUUACGAUAUCAACACGGUUGGAUCAUUGUUCAAGGCCUGGCUUCGUGAAUUGCCAGACGAGUUAUUCCCGAAAGCCACCCAGGAUAUGAUCGCCGAGAAGUGCGAGGGCGCCACCACCGCUCCGCAACUGCUCAAGGACGAGCUGUCCAAGCUCCCACCCUAUAACUACUACCUUCUCUUCGCCAUCACUUGCCACCUUAACCUCCUGCACUCCUACGUCGAUCAGAACAAAAUGGACUACCGCAACCUCUGCAUCUGUUUCCAGCCUUGCAUGAAGAUCGAUGCUUUCUGCUUCCAGUUCUUGGUCUGUGACUGGAAGAAUUGCUGGCAGGGUUGCUGGACCGAGAAGGAGUACAUCCAGAAGGAGAAGGAGAUGGACGAAAUGGAGAGGAAGGCCGUGGAAGAGAAAGAAGCCAAGGCCCAGGCUGCGUCCUCCCAGUCUUUAUCUAAACACGAACGAGCCGUCUCUUCCGGCUCUAGCUCCAAGUCUGAGGAAGAAAAGCCUCGCCCGGAGACGUCUCGGGGCCGAAAGGCUAAACCGAAGAACAUUGAAAUCACACACACUCGAAGCAUCUCCCAGCUUCCGGAGCUUGGCCCGCCUCUGUCACCUAUCAAGAUUUAG